GGAAAUUGCGUUUGAUGGACAGAAAGAAGAGGCAAAGCCGCGCAGAUUAACUUGUGUUUUGUUUAAAGACGGCGAAUUGGUUUUGUUAGUAAUCUCAACAUGUCCCGUCGCGCGUUGCAGCAAAGAAUUGAGCUGGAGAAGAGUGUGAGGCGAUUACGGGAGAUGUUCCAGGGCAAAGUGUCCUUGGACAUGGCUGUGCUGCUGAUGAAAAGAUAUCACUGUGAUUACUCUCUCGUCUCCAAGUACAUUAUCCUGAUGGCCACAGAUCAGGAUGCAGGGGGGUUGGAUGCCGAUGAUAGGCAGGAGAUAGAGGACGAUGCAGUAAUCAAGGCAGUUAUUGAGAAGCUUCAAGAUGAAGAGAACAAGGCAAAGACCGAGGCCGUUAUUGAGAAGCUUCAAGAUGAAGAGAACAAGGCAAAGACCGAGAAUAUCGUGUCGGAGUUGACAGUGAAGAACUUGGCGAAGUUUAACUUGGCGAAUGCGAGAUCAAUUCCGCAUGAGGACCGGCAGUUCUCCUGUAGCCUGUGUGACAGGUUUUGGUGGAGGAGAGUUCCUGCAAGGAAACAGGUGUCCAGGUGUCACGGGUGCGGGAAAAAGUACGACCCAGUGCCUUACGACAAGAUGUGGGGUUACGCGGAGUUCCACUGCCAGGAGUGUGGCCACGCCUUUGGGGGAUUUGGCCAGAUGGGUGUCCCUGCGCCGUGCUACAGGUGCCAAAGCCGUGUGACUCCCACCCGUAUCCUCCCACCAAAGAAGAGUCUGGGACCGCGCAGUUCCAAACCACACAGCUGCUUCGCGGAGGACUGCUACAACCGCAGAGAACCUCACAUUCCUGGCAUCCACUGCGUUCACCCGCGCAGUCGGCAACGUAGAGGCCUCCCGAAGGUGCUGUACCCAAGUCCACUGCACGUCAGCACGGGCUCCACCAUCAACACUUGCCUUAGUCAGGGCAGUCUGAUAGAGUGCCUCGUGGAUGACAUCAUCGCAGAGGACCUCCGUGAGACGGACGGCGAGUACGAAGACGGGACUGAGGAAGAUGAGGAUUUGACGGAGAAGUCAGACAGUGUGAACAAUGAUAACGAUGAUUAGUGGUGAAUCCUGAGUGCCGUUGUGUUGUGCAGCCUGCCCUCAGUUAGUCCCCUGAGCAGGAGGGCCUUGGGGAGGGAAUAGGAGCCAACCCGAAGUGAUAGUUUCUCUGAGGGUGGUCUUGCUGAAAUUCACCCACCCAAGAAGGAGAAAAAUUGCAAAACAAAUACAUGCUUUAAUUCCAUGUAAAUUAACAUUUAAAUGAUCGACCCUUGCGUUCUGUUCCCAGGUGAUGGAUAUUUCCUUCCAAUGACCAGUCAAGGGAGGUGUGAGGGAGGAGAGAUUACUCUGUGUGUCUGUGUGUCUGUUGUGUGGUCAGGGAGGUGUGACAGAGGAGUGAUUACUCUGUGUGUCUGUGUGUGGUCAGGGAGGUGUGAGGGAGGAGUGAUUACUGUGUGUGUCUGUGUGGUCAGGGAGGUGUGAGGGAGGAGUGAUUACUGUGUGUGUGUGUGUGUGUGUGUGUGUGUGUGGUGUGGUCAGGGAGGUGUGACAGGAGUGAUUACUCGUGUGUGUGUGUGUGUGUGUGUGUGUGUGUGUGUGUGUGUUCAUUGGAUCUAUAAUUAGCUGCUUCAAGUGAAAAGUUGAAGCUGUGAAUUUUUUUUCUAUGUAUCACUUGGUGUUCUCUUUAUCUGUGGCUUGAGUGAGUGGCUCUUUUUAUGAUCUGUUCCUGGGUGGUGAUCCGUUCCUGGGCCAGUGAUCUAUUCCCGGGCAGUGAUUCGUUCCUGGCUGGUGAUCCGUUCCUGGGCCAGUGAUCUAUUCCUGGGCAGUGAUCGUUCCUGAGCGGUGAUCCAUUCCUGAGAGGUGAUCCACAUUUCAUUGCUGAAUGCUUUGAGAUUUCUUUUGCUUUUAGCUGUAAGGCAACUUACCAAAGGACUACUGUCAUUGGGCAGUAAUACCAGUGUACCUAUACUAACCAAUCCAAUUAAUCUGUCUUAUUUCUUUAAUUUAAUUUGGUCAUAGAGUCAUACAGUAUGAAAGCAGGGCCUUCAGACCAACUGGUCUCUGCUGACCAAAAUGCCCCAUCCAAGCUGGUCCCAUUUGCCUGUGGUUGACCCUUAGCUGCCUGAACCUUUCCAUGUACCUGUCCAACUGUGUUUGAAAAGUUGUUAUUGUACCUGCUAACUGUAACAGAUUCCUGUCAGACCACGAGAGCUGAGAGCAGAAUGAUGUCAUUGAGUCUGCUCUGCUAUUACAUCAUGGCUGAUUUAUUAUCCCUGUCAACCCCAGCUUUUCUAGUCCUGUGAUUUAUGUUUGCAGCAACCAAACUUGUGUCAGGUGUUGCCUGCUUUGCUCACUGCAGUGAAUAACCUCCUCGCUUGGCAGCACCAACGUCGGCAGUCAAUAUUUGAUGAGGAUCUGUUUCACGUCCAUGUUGCUUCUUGCGUCCGAGAACCACUCCAGUCUAAGAAUUCCCUUGCUGAGACUAUCCUCUUUCACCUGCCUGGGCAAUGGGCUUGUCAUUCUCCCCUCUAAACCUCUCCUGCUCUCGGUCUCUGAGAUGCUCCUUAAAAGAGCUUCUUGGCUAAAUUUUCAACUGUCUUGAUUGUUUAGCCUAUUGGACAUUAGGACAAAUCACUGCACCAAAGGUGCCUUUUAAACAGUUGAUUCUCCUGAAGGGCCUCAGCCUGAAAUCUCGACUGUUUGUUCUCCUUCCUGGAUGCUGCCUGACCCGCUGAGCUCUGCCAGCACUUUGUGUGUUGACUGUCCUGGACUUGAGUUUUCCAAAUGUUAUCUCUUUCCUAAUCAGAAUCAGGUUUAUUAUUGCUGACAUGUCUUGUGAAAUGUGUUGUUCUGCAGCAGUACAGUGCAAUACAGAAAAAUACUAUAAGAAAUAUAUAUAGGCAGAAAUAGGUAGUGUUCAUGGAUUGGCUCAAUGUCUGAUGAUGGAGGAUUAGAAACUGUUCCUAAAAUGUUGUGCAGGUGUCUUCAGGCUCCCGUACCUCCUCUCAAAUGGUAGUACAGGUGCACAUUCCUUUAUCCGAAAUUCUGAAAUCCAAAAAGCUCCGAAAACCGAAGUCUUUUUUUGCCAACAGCUGACGUCACUCAGGUGUGACGUGGCAGCGCUAGCAGAGGCCGCCAGGCGUCAGUUGUGGCUCAGCGUUCGUACUAGUUACACGUGCAUUUGCUGUUCGCUGAUAUUUUGUGUUCACUGUUGACUUGGUGUUUAAUUUCACUGUGAAAAUGUCAAAAAGAGCUGCAGAUACCCCUAUGGGUAACAACGAGAAAAAGAGAAGGAAGCAUCUAUCAUUAUCGAUAACGCAGGAAGUGGAGUUAUUGCAGAAGCUUGAUCGUGGUGUGUCUGUGCGGCGUCUUACUGAAGAAAAUAGUGUCGGAACUAUCACUGUAUAUGAUUUAAAUAAACAGAAAGACAAGUUACUGAAGUUUUAUAGUGACAGUGGCGUUCUACAUUUAUUCCAAUAAGUCAUUUACCAUGUGUUUGACUUGGUUUGUUUGAAGCUGUAUAUUUUUAUGUUUUAUUGAAUGUUUGUGUUGGAAAUAAAAUUAUUUCUUGUCAUUAUUCCCUAAACAAUACAGUAUAACAACUGUUUACAUAGCAUUUACAUUGUAUUAGGUAUUAUAAGUAAUCUAGAGAUGAUUUAAAGUAUACGGGAGGAUGUGCGUAGGUUUGGUGCACCGCCGGGUCCUAAAGUCCACCGCACUAAGACAGGAUAAGGGACCUGAGCAUAGGUGUUUUUUGGUAUUUUGGUGUCUGAAAUCUGAAAAAUUCUGAAUUCCGAAAUGCAACAGGCCCCAAGGAUUUCGGAUAGGGGAUUGUGGACCUGUAAUGAGAAGAUGGCACGUCCUGGGUUUUGGGGGCUCUUAAUGAUGGAUACCACCUUUUUGAGGCAAUGCCUUUUGAAGAUGUCCUCGAUGGUGGGGAGGCUAUUAUCCUUAAUGGAGCUGGCUGAGUGUGCAACCGCUUUAAGCUUCUUGACUUUUUUAAACUCAUAAUCAGUUCAUGGCCGGCUCUCUUAACGUUCCCUCUGGUGUCAGAGGGUUUUGUACUAAACCAGCUGACGUUCAAGUCAUUUCCUGGGAGUUACGACAUGACCUGCUGGAUGACUCUAACGAGAGAAAGACAUGCCCUGUGGUAUCUCAAAGGGGCUUGCUAGCUCUGGUUACUAUAUUCAGAUUCCAGGAGACUGUUGGAGGUUUGGAAUCCCUGCCUGUAUUUUUGUACACAAUGGCACUUCAGUGAUAAUUUUUUCCUAACGGUACUUCCUUGCACUUUUCUUCCCCUUCCCUGAGGUCUCAUGCCAAUCUACUGUGGAUUGUGUCGAGGAAACCCGGAGGUGGUUGUGUGCUGAAUUGCACCCACCUGUUUGCAUGCCCUCUCUGUGCAGAUCAGAGUGCCAGAGCCCAGGCUUACAGCACAGUGCUGCAGGUUGGAAGCCCCAGUCACAGCCACUAAACCCAAUAAUGCUCUUUGUCAGAGGAGAGAGGGCCGCUGUUAUGAGCUCCGUGGAGAUCCCUUAGCCUCUCUCAGGCGUUCGGGUUUACGCCUCACGAGAAGGUCGCUGAGGGAGUGCUGCACUGACAGAAGUACCAGGUACCAAGCUGACCUCCACUUAAGGCCAUGCACAUUUCCUUCGAACACAGGCAUGAAGAUCCACUGGACAAUGUCAGUGGAUAUUUGCUGAGGAUUUCUCUUUAUUGUUGCUGUAUCUAGUUUUCUGUAAGAUUGCUUCACCCUCUGGGUGAUAGCCCAGUCUCAGUAAGCUGCUCACCAAAGACCAGUCAAAUAAGAGUCGGUCCCAGGCUGUAUCCUAGCACCACACCAGCAUUACCGCACACCUCACACUCUUCUGAGCUGAAGUGUCUGUGUCGGGUUGCUUUGCCUUUCUGACCCUUCACACCAGCCUCACCUUUAGAACUGCCGUUUUUAUAUUCAAUUUUCUCCCUGUCUCUUUCUCUCUUUUUCUCUCUCUCCUCCCUAUUUCCUCCCGCUUUCUAUCAUUUCUAUCUUUCACUUAAUAUUAUCAGUCCCUUUUACACUCUACCUCUCCCUCUCCCUCCCUCUCCUUGUCAAGUUUGCUCUGUCCACUCCCUUCCCUUCUCCCUCUGCCACACAUUCCCCCCCUCCGUCCCUCUCUCUCUCUCCCACCUCCCUCCCCCACUCUCUCCCCUCUCCCCCCUCUUUCCUUCCCCCCUCCCUGCUCACUCUCCCCUCUCACUUCCCCUCUCUCCUCACCUCUUUCCCUCCCCUUCUCUCCCUGCUCACUACCCCCUCUCAUUUCCCCUCUCUUUCCCUCUCCCUCCUCUCUCCCCACCUUUUACCACCCACUCUUCCCCUUUCCCUCCCCUUCCCCCUCUCUCCCCCCUCCCUCUCAAUCCCCCUCUCACUUCCCCUCUCCCUCCCCCUCUCUCCCCUCCUCCCUCUCAAUCCCCCUCUCACUUCCCCUCUCCCUCCCCCUCUCUGCCACCCUCUACCACCCCUCUCCCCUCCCCUCUCUCUCCCUCCUUCUGUCUACCUCCCUCACCCCUCCUUCUUUCCCUGUCCCUCUCUCUUCCCCUCGCUCUCUCUUCCCCUCCCCUCUCUCUUCCCCUCCCCUCUCUCUUCCCCUCCCCUCUCUCUCCCCUCCCCCUCUCUCCCCUCCCUCUCUCUUCCCUUCCUCUCUCUCCCCAUCCUUUCUGUCUGCAUCUCUUCCUGUUUCUCUGUCUUUCCGUAUACAUAGAAACAUAGAAACAUAGAAAAUAGGUGCAGGAGUAGGCCAUUCGGCCCUUCGAGCCUGCACCGCCAUUUAUUAUGAUCAUGGCUGAUCAUCCAACUCAGAACCCAGCCUUCCCUCCAUACCCCCUGACCCCUGUAGCCACAAGGGCCAUAUCUAACUUCCUUUUAAACAUAGCUAAUGAACUGGCCUCAACAGUUUGCUGUGGCAGAGAAUUCCACAGAUUCACCACUCUCUGUGUGAAGAAGUUUUUCCUAAC